AAAUUCAUACAGAUUUAAAUCAAAAGCAUAAACAAUUUGAUGCAAAUAGGUAUUUGUAGUAUCAUAACCUCAAAAUAGAGCGCUGACACGGAACAGAAAACUGUAAAAGAAGUAGGCCAUAAAGGCGUCCUACAUUUUACUUCCCACGCCUUCUGGCGUAUUGCAUUUUCGAAAAGGUUUUUGAUGUUAUAUGACAUUUACAUCACGAAAAAUCGUGUCACUCAUUUUCGUUGGUAAAUGUAUGUAAAAAACCUUGAGAACAUGAAAAAAACAAGAAAAUGUCAUCUUGCAGAGUAGGUCACACUAGGUAGUUUUUAGUGUGCAAUUAGUUCAUUUCACGUUUGUUCGCUGACGUUUAAAUUAAAUUUUAAGAUUUAUCAACUUGAAAACAGACGUUAUUUAAGAUUAUACACUAGAUUUCGUAUGUAUCUCAACUUGAUUUUGCAAUGCAAUGCAAUAUUCCUUAUCUAUCGAUAUGAAUAAACACUGUGUUGCAUGCAGAAAAUUGCAAUGCUUUUCACAUGCUAGCUAAUAUAAAAUAUAAACACUCAUUUCAUCACUGAUAACCUGAUAAACCAUCAUCAGAAAAAUUGUUUUGCUUGAUGUAGCAGUAUUUUACUGGAAUGAUACAUUAAUAGUAAUUCAAUUUUGAUUUCAUGCCUUUGCAAACCCUGAAGAUGCAGUAAUGUACAAGAGGAAGCCAAUCACAAACGAAAGUGUUGAGAGAGUGAGAAGGGCACACCAGAAUGAUUUGGAGAACAUCCAAAUCUACUUUGUGGCCGCCUUUUCAUACCUGAUGACCAGUCCUUCUCCCUGGUUGGCCAAAACGUUGUUCUUGACCUUCACUGCGGCCCGAAUCGCUUAUACGCUGGUCUACGCCGUAGUGGUGGUACCACAGCCUGCUAGAUUUUUGGCGUGCUUUGUCGGAUACGCUAUAACAGGGUACAUGGCGCUGCAGGGUGCUGUGCAUUUUCUUGCGUGAUUUUUGCAAAACCAUUUGUUAAUCUUUGUUAUGUCAUUUUUAAGAAACCUUUAUGUUCUGCUGUUGCAGUCAGUAUGUUACAAGGUCGGUUGUGGUAUUGGACGGUGUAGUAAGUAGCAUAAGAUUAAUAUAAGUGUUUUUAAAAAUAUUUUGUUUUUCAUUCAUCAUUAAAC